CUUCUUUAUAACUUCUCUUCCUUCUCUUUCAAAAUUUGAAUCCCUCUUAUUCUGAUCUUAGAGAAACCGCACAGAGAGAGAAAGUAGCGAAGUUGAUUGAGAGAGAAGAGCCGUUCCUUGCAAAGCAAGCAUUUCUUUUGGUUCUUCCUCCCCGGAGAACAGAAACAAACUCUGCUUUUACGUAACCGGUUUCUACGAAGUUUCUUAAUCCGCAAGAAAGAUGAAUGAUCUGAUGACCAAAUCGUUCCUAAGUUAUGUGGAACUCAAGAAGCAAGCCAAGAUCGACACAGAAUCAGACCACGUCGACGUCGAGAAAGGCGAUCUUCAUCAAGAAAACCUCUCCGCUUUCUUCUCAGAGAUCGAAUCAAUCAAAACCAUAAUCGAAGAGAUCACUCAUCUCUUACACGAUCUCAAGAACCUAAACGAAGAGACCAAGUCCACACACAGCGCCAAGAUCCUCCGCGGGUUGAGAGACAGGAUGGAGUCCAACAUCGUCGCCAUCUCACGCAAGGCCAACGCAGUCAAAACCCUAAUCGACGCCAUCGAGACAGAGAAUCGCAGGACUGGUUCUUGCGUGGACAGGACACGUGUUUCGAUAACGAAUGGUGUCAGGGCCAAACUGAGAGAGACGAUGAGCGAGUUUCGUCGCUUGAGGGAGAAGAUCUUCGCUGAGUACAGAGAAGACUUGAAGAGGAAGUAUUUUUUGGCGACCGGUGAGGAGCCAAGUAACAAGGACAUGGAGAAGAUGAUAUCUGGAGAUGGGUUAGUGAAGACGUUUGAAGUGAAACCAGAGAUGGAUUUGAAGACGAAGGAGAGACAUGAAGCUGUGAAUGACAUUAAGAGGAGUCUUAACAGGCUUCAUCAAGUGUUUCUCGACAUGGCUGUUCUUGUUGAGACGCAAGGAGAUAGGGUUGAUGAUAUUGAAGCUAAUGUGGCUACUGCAGGGAGCUUUGUGAGUGGAGGAACUAACAGUUUGUUCUAUGCGAAUCAGAUGAAGAAGAAGAACAAGAAGUGGGUUCUAUGGGGUUCGAUUUUGGGUGUUAUCAUUCUUCUUGUGUGUUUGGUCUCUAUGCUUGCUUCUCGUUGAAGUGGAAGUUCUGGUUCCUUUGUUUGGUUCAUGGAGAUUUGUUGCUUCUUUUGAUUAAUCUUGUUCGAAAGUAAGCAGAUUUUUUUUUUUUCAAGUAUGUUGCAGUGUUUUAGCUCUA